GUCGCGGUAAAACGCCACCCACCAAGCAGUAGCAGGGCUUACAGAAACUCCGUCGCUAGGCUGUCCAAGAGCUGCGCCAAGGAAGCGGGGACGUCCCCUAGUGACGUCGACCACGGCGCGAACAAACACAAAAACAGUUUCGCGCGGCGCCAGAGAGUGCGUGGAGUUACGUUGAAAAGGCUCUGGAGUGCAAGCAACACCUGCGAACACCCGGAAAGCGAAGCUCACGGGCCUGUCGAGCGGAACCUUGACCCGAGCUGACGGAAUGUGGCGCCAUACAGGCGCACCACUAGCGUGAAAUGCCAGGCGCAAUAUUACACAGGAUCUAGCAGAAGCUGGAGCAGCCCAUUCCAUGGGUUCUUGUUUUGGCAGCUGUGCUGCAGCUGCCGCUACCCCCGCACGCGCCCACGUCGCCUGCACGUCGACGUCCACCUCCUCCACCCACUCCACAUCCCCGGCAUCGGCUGCCUUGCCCACCGCCUCCACGCCGCGGUCGGCCAACAAUUGGCUCUGUAGGCCUCGCCCCAGAACCGGAUGUAGAGCCAAUGAUAGCUCAAGGUCCGAACCAAAGACAAAGCUGAGCAAACGGCACUGCCAGCAGAACGGGUUCAUCUACCGCAUUUUGAGUUUCAACCGGAGGCGGCAAUGCCGCAGUUUCCUGGACAAGGUAUGGGAACAGCAGCCCAGUUACACCAAACUACAGUGCGGAAGGAACAUGCCCGACAUUCAGAUGCAGAGGCUGGACGCCUGCAAGCUGCUUAACGCCCAGCCCACGUCGAUCAGGGAGACGGAGAUGGGAAUUGGAACCUACCAGCGCCUGGCAAGCUCGCGGGCCAGCUCCUCCUUAGACCUCGAGUGGGAGCACGAGUACUCACAGCUGCGGCAGUACCAGCUCCACUGUCAGCAAGCCUUCAAGGAGGCGCCCCCUACGCCGCCAAGACCACGCUUCGCGUCCCGCUCGUCCAGGCAGAACUCUUGGUCCCACAUGUCAACUCCGGAGUCGCUCGAGUGGGACGUGGACGAGCAUCAGCUCCGCCUGGAGGACGACAGCAUAGACGAUGGAACCCUCAAGCUACUGCACCAGAUCGAGCAACUAAAGCACCAUGUACUGCAGGAAACAGGAGGCGGAAUUAAUGUGGAAAUUGAAGCUCUUGAGGAGCUGAACGAGGGCCUCCAGUUCCGAACCACGCACUUUGGAGCCGGAUCGCAGCUGGAGGCCCAUAUAAGCAAAUCAUGCACAUAGAUGAAUUGUACAAAUCAGUUUUAAUAUGCAGCUAAAAUAUUCUGUGUAGACGAUGCAUAAAGCAAUUCGAAUACUCAACAAGAAAGGAAGCUGGCUUCGGCAAACCGAAGCUUAUUUACCCUUGCAGUCAUUAAAUAUGCCGAACAAAAUACAUAAGGCUUAACAACAUCGAA